AUGAUCACAGAUUUUGAAGACCCGAGUCUCUCAAGAGUUCCUCGAAACCAAUUAGUCAACCGAUCGCAUCUCGCCGAGGCUUGCAGAGCCCGCGAAGUGCCGCGAAGUCCUCAGCGCAACCAGGCUGUAACAAGUCUCCAAGGAGCGAUUCGCCUUGUGGAUACGUUUAUUAAAAUAUCUAAAAAUCACACAAUCAACAUCACCAUUACCAUCAUCAUCAUCGUCGUCGUCGUCGUCAUCGACAUCGACAUCAACAUCAAAACUAUCGCACAAAGACCAAUAUGUUUUACUGUUACUGAGAGUGUGCGACCCUGUGCUAACUACCCCAGACCCGAGUUUGGAAACCAAGGCAGCCCACAGGAAGGUGCGCCCUACCCAUACGACAAUGCAAUGCGAUUUUUCUACCAUGAAGAUCCGGCUUAUUUCGGCCACUUGAGAGAAAAACACAAAGACAAAUGGAAUGGCAUUGAGAUGAAGGCCGAGUUCUAUCGAGAUUUCUACCUGGAGCGCUACCAUCACCGGGACGGGCCGCCGCCGUCGUACCAACGUCGGGGGUCGCUGCAGUUGUGGCAGUUCCUCGUGGCGUUGCUAGACGACCCCUCCAACGCCACGUUCAUCACGUGGACGGGGCGUGGCCUCGAGUUCAAACUCAUCGAGCCAGAAGAGGUAGCUCGCCGAUGGGGCAUACAGAAGAACCGCCCGGCCAUGAACUACGACAAACUGAGCCGCUCCCUGCGCUACUACUACGAGAAGGGGAUCAUGCAGAAGGUGGCCGGGGAGCGCUACGUCUAUAAGUUCGUGUGCGACCCGGAGGCGCUGUUCUCCAUGGCGUUUCCGGACAACCACCGACCCAUCCUGAAGAGUGACAGCCACAAGGAAGACUUUUACAAACCGCCUACGAGUCAGCCGGCGGAGAGCCAGAGUCUGCCGCUAGGCGCCGCCUCGGCGCACUCGUCGCCGCCCAUUCCAACAAGCAUGCGCGCUGCGUUCGGCAUGGCGCCCCAACACGGAAACAUGUCGAUGAUGUCCGAACAACACCGGUUACACUACAUGCAAGAGAUGCAUCGCAUGUACGGACCCAAUCCUUAUAUAGAAGGAUGCGUUUAUUAG